CUAACAAUAGGCAUUUUCAUUAUGAUAAUUGAUUCACUUUUACAAUUGCCAGUCCUGUAGAAAAAUUCUAAAUGCGUUAGUGCCUCAGUCACAUCGUGAAGUGCUUAGGUGAAAAGUUUGAGCAAAGAAGAUGGAAGAUGCUAUCCCCAUUCCAGAAUUCUUCGGUGGACGAAGUGUGUUCAUCACAGGAGGCAGUGGGUUUAUGGGGAAGGUCCUCAUUGAAAAAUUGCUGAGAUCCUGUCCAAAACUGGAGAACGUUUAUAUGUUGAUACGAGACAAGAAGGGACAAAGUCCAGAGGAGAGAAUUCGGAAAAUGGUUGAUUUACCACUUUUCAAGGUUUUGCUGGAGGAAAACCCCAAAGCAGUCAAUAAAAUCAAACCGAUCUUAGGGGAUGUCAUGGAGCUUGGUCUUGGUCUUAGUGAACAAGAUCGCCAGCUUCUCAUAGAAAAAGUCUCCAUAGUGUUUCAUGCAGCUGCUUCGGUGAGAUUCGACGAUCACCUAACAGACGCCAUUCUUUUGAACACCAGGGGUACAAGAGAAGUCUGCCUGUUGGCCAAAGAGAUGAAAAACAUCACAGCCCUUGUCCAUUUCUCCACCAGUUACUGUCAUACAGAUCGCAAAGUCAUAGGGGAGGAGAUAUACCCUGCACAUGCUGAUUGGAGGGAUGCCAUCAGGAUAGCCGAGAACGUGGAUAGGUUCACCUUGGAUCUGAUGACCAAGAAGUAUAUAGACCCCUUGCCAAACACCUACACUUUCACCAAGUCAUUGGCUGAGCAUGUGGUGAAUGAUUUGUGCGAUGGCGUCAUUCCUUCCCUCAUUUUUAGACCAUCUAUUGUUAUAUCCACUUGGAAUGAUCCAGUUCCUGGCUGGAUAGAUAAUUUCAAUGGGCCUGUAGGUCUUUUGGUUGCUGUAGGAAAGGGUGUAUUGAGAACUUUGUACACUGAUCCAUCUCUACAAGCUGAUUAUGUACCAGUCGAUAUAAUCACCAGGGGUAUCAUUGCUGGUACUUGGAAGAAAGGAAUGACAAAGGACACUGACAUAAGGAAUGAACUAGAAGUAUACAACUGCAGUCAAUGCGAUGUAUCCCCAGUCACCAUGAACGAAAUAGUUCAAAUUGGCCAGAGUUUACUCUUUGAGUGUCCUGCAAGUGGUGCACUUUGGUUCCCUGCUUGCCAGAUAACAAAAUGUUGGUACCUGCAUUUCCUGAAGGUUAUCUUCUAUCAUCUUCUCCCAGCUCUACUCGUUGAUGGCCUUUUGAAAUUGUCUGGAAGGAAGACUAUUUUGCUCAAGGUACAAAGAAGGAUAUACACAGCAAACUCAGCUCUUGAGUAUUUCAUCCUUAACCAAUGGAAAUUCUUGAACGAUAAAGGAAGGGCCUUAGAACAUACACUGCUUAGCUCAGAUCGCAAGGAUUUUGGUUAUAAUUCGGAAGAGAUUGAUGUUGAUGAAUAUUUCAAGAAAGCCAUGUAUGGUGGUAGGCAGUACCUGUUGAAAGAUCCUCCAGAAACCCUACCAGAGGCCAGAAAAGAAAUAAAAAGAUUAUGGUUAUUGUACCAAUUCACAACAGGCGUUUUCUAUCUCUCCAUGAUUUAUUUCGUUUGGUAUCAUAUUCCUUAUGCAAGGAUAUACAAAGCUAUAUCAACUUACCUGUAUGAUUAUUUUUCAGCUUUGUGAAAUCUUUGUUGUUUUUACUAGUAUUCUUACUUAUUCAUCGAAUAGUUGGAUCUAUUUUUUUAAUCUUAUUAUGAACCUUUCAUAAAUCUUUUUUGAUUCAAUAAAUGGACUGUCUUUUCUA